CACCGACGCAUCUUUCUUUGUUAAGACAAAUAUAAAUAGAGAGAGAAAGGGCUCAGAAUUGAUGAGAUUCUGCAAAAUCUAUUGAAAUGUAUACAUUCAAAGACAAAGUAACAGAGAAACUCUCUCGUUUUCUUCCUCAUUCCACAAACUCACCCACUUCUUCUCAAUCUCAACCUCAAGAUCGCCACCCUCAGCCUCAGACCAGAUCGUAUCCUAAAGUGGGGAAAUCAUUUUCUUCAUACAUUUCCAACAUUAUCCCAUCAGUAAGCUUUAAUGGAUCAGGAUCGGAUAAGCAUCAACAUGAAUUCAAGCUAAUUCCAUCCCUCCCUGUUAGAUACAAUAACAGAAACUCUAAACGCCACGAUGAACCGUUGGGCGGUGAUGUAUCAUGUAAUGCAGCAAAUGACAGAAGGGGAACUCAUAAUGAUCAUGAAAAAGACGAAAUCAUCGACAGCAUUGGCAAGGUCUCGGGAGGUAGCACAAGUAGUUCUGAAGUAUUUGAAGAAGCAAUGGAAGAGCACAGUCCUCAGAAGCCUUUAGCUUAUCUCAUGGAAGACUCUGCUUUCAUUUCCACAGACUUGUAUGAGUUCUUGUUUUCAUCAAUCCCAAACAUUGUUAGGGGGUGCCAAUGGGUCUUGCUUUACAGUACGUUGAAACAUGGCAUAUCACUUCGCACACUUAUCCGCAGAAGUGCUGAACUUCCUGGUCCUUGUUUGCUGAUUGUCGGAGAUAAGCAAGGGGCCAUUUUUGGUGGGCUUCUUGAUUGUCCAUUAAGACCUACUGCAAAGAGAAAAUACCAAGGAACGAACCAAACAUUUGUUUUUACAACCAUAUAUGGUGAGCCGAGGCUGUUCAGACCAACUGGAGCCAACAGAUAUUAUUACUUGUGCCUAGACAACUUGCUUGCACUUGGAGGUGGUGGCAACUUUGCAUUGUAUUUGGAUGGAGAUCUUUUAAAUGGAACCAGUGGACCAUGUGAAACAUUUGGAAACAUGUGCUUGGCUCAUAACCCAGAGUUUGAGUUAAAGAAUGUUGAGCUAUGGGGUUUCACGCAUGCAUCGCAGUACCUUCAUUGACAGGAACUCUGAGAUCACUCUGUUCAUCUCCAUUUUUCUAAUUUCAUGAUAUUCAUUCUUUAUUCCUUUUCUUCACCCUUCUUUACCAUUUAGAUGUUGGAGGGAUUUAGUAUUACUACAUGGGUGAAUGAAUUGUUAUAUAUAGUUUUUGUUGUAGCUAAUUGUAUUUAUUGGUAUUUGUUAUUCUUAUUUAUACCCUUAGCAACAAGCUGUUUUUCUUUCUUUGUAUUAAUCAUUCUUUUAAAGGUUGAGAUUUCAUUGAGGUUCA